UUUUGUCUAGCUUUUUUCAAAUGUCUUUUCCUUUGUGUUGCAGUUUUCUUCCAUAAUCCUUUUUCUUUAACUAUUUUCAAAGCAUUGCCAUAAUUUCAAUUUGCUAAUUUUUACCCAUAUAAAUUCUCAUAGUUCACACGGAAUAUUUCCAUAAAUAGUUAUUUGCCACUAUGCUUGUAGUUUCAAUUGAGUAUAACAGCAAAUAAAAAAGUCUUUAUUUUAAUAAUUUCAUUAUUGAUGACAGCAUAAUUAAUUUAUUGCUCUUGUCUGUUGGUCCUGUAAAUAUGCAACAUUCUAUAAGUUAAAUGAAAAGAAAAUGUUGAACAAAAUUAUGUACAUUUAAAAUGAUUUCCACAUAAAAUUUAAAUUUUUUGCUAAUUUUCUGUUAAAAUUGCCUACAAAAUGUAUUGAAAUCAGGAAUACAUAUGUAUACAAAGUUUCAACUAGAUCAGAAAUUGGGUGAAAGUUGAGUUACAAGAUUUUAUCUAGAAGACAAGAGCAAAUUCCAUGGCUUUAGAUUGUACAGGACAGUAUGCAGUAAUAGCAGGGAAAAGAUGUUUAAUUUUUACUUCAUUGGACAAACCCUCUGUACCUAUUAAGAAAGUAUAUCGUAAUUGUAAAUGGGAUAUUACAAUUAUAGAAUGGAAUCCACAUCAGCAAGAAUAUAUAGUACUUGCAUAUAAUCAAUCUGCUGAAUUGCUUCAGUGGAAAGAUAAUGAUGUAAUACAAGUUCAACCUCUUCAAGCUCACACUCGUUCUAUCAGUGAUUUAAAUUGGUCAUCUUUUGAUGCUAAUGUAUUAGCAACAGCUUCAAUUGAUACAUUUAUACAUCUUUGGGAUCUUAGAGAUCCAAAAAAACCUGUGACUUCAUUAUCUGCUGUUGCUGGUGCUUCCCAAGUUAAAUGGAAUAAAGUAACUGAAAAUAUUAUUGCAACAGCACAUGAAGGAGAAAUAAGACUUUGGGAUCCUAGAAAAAGUACUAGUCCUGUGCAGUACAUAUCAGCACAUUUAUCAAAAAUUCAUAGUUUAGAUUGGAGUCCAAUACAAGAACAUCAGUUAGCUACAUCUAGUCAGGAUUGUUCAGUAAAAUUUUGGGAUGUUACUAAUCCUAGAAGAGUGGAAGGUGUGUUAGAUUGUGAUUCACCUGUUUGGAGAGCUAGAUAUACACCUUUUGGUGAUGGCUUAGUAACGGUAGUUGUUCCUCCACUGCGUCGAGGAGAAAAUAAUUUAAUGUUAUGGAACAUUUCAAAUAUGGCUGAUUUGUCCACUCCUGUUCAUACAUUUGUAGGUCAUUCUGAUGUUGUUAUGGAAUUUGCUUGGAGGAAAAAAAGGGAAGAUUCAAAAGAAUAUCAAUUGGUGACAUGGUCUAAGGAUCAAAGUUUAAGAAUUUGGACAGUUGAUUUAUCACUUCAAAGACUUUGUGGAUUGGAAAAUUUUGUAGAAAGUGAUGAUGCAGAAUUGUUAAUAUCAUGUGUACAAGGAGGUACUAGUCAAGAUUUUACAGAUGUUGCAAGUAUUACCUCUCAAAUGAGUCCUCGUGAAACAGAAGCUGGUAAUCAAAGUUCACCACCACAGACUCCUCAAAAGUCGGUGCCGGACGAAAAUGCAACUUUACCAUCAUCUCAACCUGAAAAUCUCCAACAAGAAUUUUCUCUUGUAAACUUGAACAUUCCUAAUAUUACAAUUGAUGAGAUGGAUGUGUCAAAUAGAACCUGCAUUGUAACAGCAUUAAUUAGAAAACAUAUGGUUCGUUUAAAAAUUAAUUUUCCCAGUUCUUAUCCAUAUAAUGCAUCGCCAAUAUUUCAUUUUUGUAAGUCUACAACAGUAGAUAGCAAUAUAAAAACAAAGUUAUUAAAGGUAUUACGAAUGACUUCUCAACAACAAGUUAAAAGAAAUAGGACUUGUUUAGAACCUUGUCUUCGUCAACUGGUAGCAAGCCUAGAGUCUUCUAUACCUGAAGAUAUGGAGAAGAAUAAUGAAAGCCCUUAUCUGAACUCUUCAAAACAACAGUUUAGGCCUUUACCAACUUUUAGCAGCAUUUUAGAUGUCAGUGUUCCUUUUCCUCGAACAACAGGAGCAAAAUUUUGUGGAGCAGAUUUCUUAGUUGUAUUUGUCAGACCUGCUCAUCUUUCAAAGGCAAAUGUUCCUAGUGAAAUCACACCUCGUUCAUUAUCAGCUUUUAGUGUUUAUUGCACUAGUGCACUUCCUUUAAAAGGAAGACAAUCUCAAUCUCCUGGUCAGUAUGCUCUAGUCUACUCUCCAGUUACACAAAGUCCGUCAGGUGAAGGUGGCGUAUCUAUCUCUACUUUUUAUCGACAAGAUAGGAAACAAAAACUUCAAUCAACCAGGCAUUUGGAGGGAAAUAAAAGGAGAAUUUUAAAUCAAAAAGUGUUAAAGAAUUGUGAAUCAGUUUUAAUAUAUAGCAUUGCAGGAUUAAUGGCCCCAAAUUACUUUUUAGCUGAAAAUUAUGUGCUAAAUGAUGAAGAUAUAGCUACUCAAUGCACAAAAAAUGCUUCUAAAGCUGCUGAAGUGGGUCGCCGAGAUCUUGUGCAGAUGUGGUCAAUAUGUUCUCAUAUUGCUAAUCCAAAAUUGAAAGCAAAUCUUGAUCCUGACAUUGAAUGUCCUUGGGCUCAAAAUUCAUUUGGUAGGAAGAUGCUCCAAUCAAUAAUUGAACAUUACAUCAGACAUUAUGAUGUACAGACUGCAGCAAUGUUAUGUUGCAUGUUUGGAAAACGAAAUGACGAUAAUCCUUACAAUAAGAGAACAGUUACAGAUACUGGAAGUGGGAGUCAACAUUCUGGGAAAUGGUGGCUGAAGGUAUGUCAGUAAGAUCUCUGUCAUUUCUAAUGUGUAUUCCCUUAACAUACAGAUUUGCCUGACUCUUUAACAAUAUUUGUUUCAAACAAAAAACAAAAAAAGCUUAUUAUUAUUAUGAUUUCAAUAAACGAUAAAUUAUUAAAUAU